UGGCCAAGGUGCUGGACGCGACGGGCCCGCUGGCCACCUCGCCAGUUCAGGCACCACUGCAACGCUCCAAACCCGGUCCCCAUGGAAGAGAUGGAAGAAGAGUUAAAAUGCCCUGUAUGCGGCUCCUUCUACCGGGAGCCCAUCAUUUUGCCCUGCUCUCACAAUUUAUGUCAGGCGUGCGCCCGCAACAUCCUGGUACAGACCCCGGAGUCUGAGUCCCCCCAGAGCCGUCGGGCCUCGGGCUCCGGGGUUUCCGACUAUGACUACCUGGACCUGGACAAGAUGAGCCUGUACAGCGAGGCGGACAGCGGCUAUGGCUCCUACGGGGGUUUCGCCAGCGCCCCCACUACCCCAUGCCAGAGGUCCCCCAAUGGCGUCCGCGUGUUCCCCCCGGCUAUGCCGCCACCAGCCACCCACCUGUCACCGGCUCUGGCCCCGGUGCCCCGCAACUCCUGUAUCACCUGCCCCCAGUGCCACCGCAGCCUCAUCCUGGAUGACCGGGGGCUCCGCGGCUUCCCCAAGAAUCGCGUCCUGGAAGGGGUGAUUGACCGCUACCAACAGAGCAAAGCUGCGGCCCUCAAGUGCCAGCUCUGCGAGAAGGCGCCCAAGGAGGCCACCGUCAUGUGCGAACAGUGCGAUGUCUUCUACUGCGAUCCGUGCCGCCUGCGCUGCCACCCGCCCCGGGGGCCCCUGGCCAAGCACCGUCUGGUACCCCCGGCCCAGGGCCGCGUGAGCCGGCGGCUGAGCCCGCGCAAGGUUUCCACCUGUACAGACCACGAGCUGGAAAACCACAGCAUGUACUGCGUGCAGUGCAAGAUGCCCGUUUGCUACCAGUGCUUGGAGGAGGGUAAACACUCCAGUCACGAAGUCAAGGCUCUGGGGGCCAUGUGGAAACUGCACAAGAGCCAGCUCUCCCAGGCACUGAAUGGACUGUCAGACAGGGCCAAAGAAGCCAAGGAGUUUCUGGUGCAGCUGCGAAACAUGGUUCAGCAGAUCCAGGAGAACAGCGUGGAGUUUGAGGCCUGCCUGGUGGCACAGUGUGACGCUCUCAUUGACGCCCUCAACAGGCGGAAAGCUCAGCUGCUUGCCCGCGUCAACAAGGAGCAUGAGCACAAGUUGAAGGUGGUUCGAGAUCAGAUCUCUCAUUGCACAGUGAAAUUGCGCCAGACCACGGGUCUCAUGGAGUACUGCCUGGAGGUGAUCAAGGAAAAUGAUCCCAGUGGCUUUUUGCAGAUUUCUGACGCGCUCAUAAGGAGAGUGCACCUGACUGAGGAUCAGUGGGGGAAGGGCACACUCACGCCCAGGAUGACCACGGACUUCGACUUGAGUCUGGACAACAGUCCUCUGCUGCAAUCCAUUCACCAGCUUGACUUCGUGCAGAUGAAAGCUUCCUCUCCAGUCCCAGCAACCCCUAUCCUACAGCUGGAAGAGUGUUGUACCCACAACAACAGCGCCACCCUGUCCUGGAAACAGCCACCUCUGUCCACGGUGCCCGCUGAAGGAUAUAUUCUGGAGUUGGAUGACGGCAGUGGUGGUCAGUUCCGGGAAGUAUAUGUUGGAAAGGAGACAAUGUGCACUGUGGAUGGUCUUCACUUCAACAGCACAUACAACGCUCGGGUCAAGGCCUUCAACAAAACAGGAGUCAGCCCGUACAGCAAGACGCUGGUCCUCCAAACGUCCGAGGGUAAGGGAAAGAAAGAGAGGAAGCCUAUGCAUGACACAGAUUCAGAAGAACAGACCCUCCCUUUUCCAGUGCCUUCGGAAAGAUUGCCGCUGCGUAGAAUGAGUCCUUUCUCCUCCACCCUUAAUCUACAACCCAGCUUCCCCGGGAGAUCCUACUUUGAUUUUCGAUCCUCACCCCACCAGCUGAGCUUGCAUUCCUCUUUACAGUCUCUCAAUGCACCGGGAUGCAAUUUUGAGCCACAGUCUGCACCUUACUCUCAAUUAGUUGACAUUAAAAAGCUGUUGGCAGUGGCCUGGUUUGCGUUCGACCCUGGCUCGGCACACUCUGACAUCAUCUUCUCCAACGACAACCUGACUGUGACCUGCAGUAGCUACGAUGACCGGGUGGUGCUGGGGAAGACAGGCUUCUCCAAGGGUGUCCACUACUGGGAGCUAACUGUGGAUCGCUAUGACAACCACCCUGACCCUGCCUUUGGUGUGGCACGCAUCGACGUAAUGAAGGAUGUGAUGUUGGGAAAGGACGACAAAGCUUGGGCAAUGUAUGUGGACAAUAACCGGAGCUGGUUCAUGCACAACAACUCGCACACCAACAGAACCGAGGGGGGGAUUGCCAAGGGGGCCACAAUUGGGGUACUCCUCGACUUAAAUAGAAAAACUUUGACAUUUUUUAUCAACGAUGAACAGCAAGGCCCCAUAGCGUUUGAGAAUGUGGAGGGCCUGUUGUUCCCUGCAGUCAGCCUGAACAGGAAUGUGCAGGUCACACUUCACACUGGGCUCCCAGUACCUGACUUCUACUCCAGCAGAGCAUCGAUAGCCUAAGGAUGAACUGUGGAGCCGCCAGCUGCCUGUUCUUACCUCCAUGGGAGAGCCACAGCGAGGAGCUCAGCCAGCGUGCAGUGGGAUGAGGAGAGGGAGAAGGAGGAGAGAAAAACUGGUCAUCUAUAGUCUUCAUAUCCCACAGCUCUGCCCCCUUCCCUUCCAGCCUCUCCACUGGUAUAUAAUGCCUGCAUUCACUUCCAUGUUCAGCAAUUCUACCAACACAAGACCUAGACAGCCCACCGUGUCACUCCCAAAUUUUGCUUUUAUUUAACUUAGUUUUUUAUUUAGGUGAGUUAUAUUUUCUUUUCUGGCCAUCUUAUUGGAGACUUACUGAACUGGCACUGCCAAGAGAAAACCCCCCCGAUGAUUUUUUUAUUAUGCUUUCUAGCAGAUAAACAGGUUGUAGGGGGAGGUAGGGAAGAAUGAGCUGACUUUGGAGAUUGCCAUUUACCUCCUAGAAUGUUCUUGUCCUGUUACCUCUCGUGCAGUGUUGGCUCUGCAUAGCUAACCUAUGGGAGUGGGGCAGAAUGAAUCUAGCAUUGUGAAGUUUUACUAAUCCAUUAAAGCACUGCUGUACAAAGGUUCACAGUGGGAUAGGAUAAUUAGGGUAGCCAAGUAAUUGGGCAGACCCAAAACUCUGUCCACUGCAUGAAAUUGGGAGGCUCCUAGACAUAUGCAGACCAGGGGACUUAAUGAUUUGGUUCAUUUAUUUGAUACAGAUUAUCAAUUGAGAACCUAUCAUGGACUAAGCACUGUUGUAGACACUGGAGGCACAGUGCUGAAUAAGAUAGGCAAGGUCCCUGCCUGCCUGGAGCUUAUAUUCUAGUAGAAGAAUAAACCAAAAAUCAAAUCAAUAAUUACAAAUUAUAAUACGUACUACAAAGGAAACAAACAAGGGGCAAAGGGGCUUAUUGGCAAGACCUUUCAGAUGCCCAAAAUGAUGCUAAAAAUCCAUACAUUCUGGCCAUAGGACCAAUGCAUUGUUCCCUCUCUAAGUACCAACUCAAUGACUUUUCAACUGUGAUAUUUUAACGAUGGGUCAUCCCAGAGCCUUUCUUUGGUGGUAAUGAUACUGGCCUUCUUAUUUGUUCAUGCUGCUAUGACACUAAACCUUAAAAAUGGAUGGCAGGUGUUCAUUUUUUUCUAGUGGAGAGAAUUCACUAACUGGGGACAUUAUCGUUAGUGACCAGAGAAAGGAGGACCCAUUCUCAGUAACAGGAGAUCUUAAGUUGCAGUCCAUUCGCAUUCUCAGGAUAAACAUGCUUUUCACCUCACCGUGCACACUACCUGUGCCUGCUACAAAUGAAAAUUUCAUCCGCUUUGCUGCCAUUCACAACCUAACUUUCUGAAGUAGUUCAAAUGAUGUUUGGAAGAAAAUGAAAUUAUAUGUCUUUGCUAUGACUGAUAACAGAGUGAUAGAGCUUAUUACGUCUCUGUAGAAUUACCUUUCAGGUUCUUCAGUCAACACAAUAUUUUAGAAAAUUCAGGACCUCGGAAGAUUGCGGGAGGUUCUGAUUAGUUGCCUAAAUAUUUGCCAGCGAGCCAAGCAAUUCUCCGUGAAUAAAAGGUUAACAAAUAGAAGGAGAGAGGUAAGGUAGGAUGGGAAAGCUAACAAAUUAAAGUUUUGGCAAAAAGUAAUAUAUGUAAAUAGCUAAUUAUUUACUUUCGUGCUUACUUUAUUUAGAUUAUUUCUAUCAGUUACAAUGUUUUUCUAGUUAAGUAUACCUAAUUUAUUGAAUGGGUGCUAUCCUGUUUAUGUCCGUUGUGGUUUUUCUUGGCUACAGAAAAUCUCCGUUGCUGGGCAACACUAGUUUGAUAUUUGAUUUAAUCUCCAAUGAGCCUCGAUGGCUGGGCCGCUGUAGACUCAUAGUUAUUCUUGUUCUUUAUUAAAUCCAUCCUGCUAAUUAGAUUUCCAGUGAUUUGUAACACGUAGUUUACACUGAAUUGCAAUUAUAGAUGCAUACAGCUACCAUACUAGAAAAAACUGUCAUUUCUGCUGUGCAAAUAAAUGAUU